UCUCACCCCUUCUGCUUAUUUUUGAAUGUUCAAAAACUCUCUCUCUGAUCCAUCUUCUAACGGAAACAGUCUUCAUUGCCGGCCGUUUCCUCUCUCUUUCUCUUUCUCUCUUUCUCUCUUGCAUUCUCGCUGCUUCUCUCCGGUCACUUUCUUCUCCACUUUCUGUCACUUUCUCUGGAUUUGUUUUUCUCAGUAAGAUCUGUUUUGCGAGCGUGUAUGUGUUUCUAAUUUUUGUGAAACUAUUGUAAUUGAGAGACGAAAAAUUAAGUGACGGAAGGGUUUUACACUGCCAUGAUUUUCUGUGAUCCUUCGUCUCUCUUUCUCGCCUGCUUCUUUCCUGGAUUUCCGAUCUAGAUUUCUUUCAAUUUACGCCUGUUUUUUUAAUAUAAUUUUUGUUUCCAAAUGGCUAAGUUUUGAGUACACUUCUCUCUCACUCUCUCGCUCGCUCGGUAAAUGACUGAAAAUGGAGAUAUUUCGGGUGAAAAGAAGUAACAGCACAGGAUUUGCUGAUCGGAGCUCCAGUGAUAAAUUUGUCUCGUCCACCCCUGUUUCUCUUGACAGGAAAGUUCAGGUUCAGAAACAGAGAAACCUUCCAGAAUUGGCCUCUGAUUCUAGUUCCUGCAGUAGUGAUUCUACAUAUGAAGAUUCGUUCACAUUUGAGCUGGGGUGGAGACCCUCAAGUAGAGCAGUUGGAACCCCAAUGAAAAAGUUGUUAGCACAAGAGAUGUCAACAGAAACUGAAUCUAAACGACGAUCACCUAGUGUUAUAGCCAGAUUGAUGGGUCUUGAUGGGCUGCCACCUCAGCAGCAAGUCAAUAAACCACAAAGUAAGUGUUUGAAGAAUCAUCAGGAAAGGACAAUGUUAACAGCGAAAGCUCACCAGAGCAGUACAUUUCAUGGUCGCCGGUCUUUCAGGAAAAGCUCGAGGGACGAGGAAGAAUUUAAGGACGUCUUUGAAGUUUUAGAUGCAGCUAAGGUGGAGAGCAGUAGCUACCCAUGUCAGGGAACCGGGUACUCAAAUCUCACUGAGGCUGACAUUGCAUUUAUCCAACAGAAAUUUGCAUAUGCUAAAUGCUUUUCAACGGAUGAAAAGCUUCAGCAGUCAAAGGUAUUAGAUGAUGCACUUGAGGUUCAAGAUUCUAACAAUGAACUUUUCAUGAAAUUUCUUCAGCAACCUGAUGCAUUGUUCACAAAACAUCUCCAUGAUCUUCAAGGUGUGAUGCCCCAAUCACAAAGUGGUUAUAGAUCAGCUUUGAAGUCAUCACAUUCUUCGAGGUAUGAAAGUAAUGGCCUAGGCCAGAAAUAUGAGAGAGAAAAUCUAGGUUCUCAAAAGCAUCAAGAUGGCCAUGUAGGUCAUCCUUACAGCAGACAUGUUGCAAAUAAUUUACCUCAGUCAUCAAAAAUUCAGUUUGAAGAACAAAAUGAACCGGCUGCAUUCCCUACAAGAAUUGUUGUUCUGAAACCAAACUUUGGGAAGGCACAGAAUCCUACUAAGCCUGUUUCAUCGCCGUGUUCUUCUCAUGACUUUCCGGCAGAUUUCAGGCUUCCUGGGGUUAGAAAUCAGGAGGCAGAAUUGCGAGGCAAGAAGAAAUUUCCUGAAGUUGUGGGCCUUACAAGGCAAAAUUCAAAAGAACCUAGAGAAAUUGCGAAGGAAGUUACAAGGAAAAUGAGAAGUAGUAUUCGCAAUGGUUCCUUGAAUCUUCCAGCCUCUGGAUUCAGAGGAUACGCAGGGGAUGAGAGUUCAUGUGACAUAUCUGGAAGUGAAUCUGCUUAUGAAUCAGAUGUUACAACUAUAUCUUCAAGAGCUCCAUUUAACUGGAAUAGCCAAUACCAGUGUUCAUCAUCCCGCUCCACGGAAUCAUAUGUGAGUAGGGAGGCAAAGAAGAGGCUCUCAGAGCGGUGGAAAUUGACUCACAGGUCUCAGGAAAUGGAAGUUGUCAGUAGGAGCAGCACACUUGGUGAAAUGCUUGCUAUUCCUGAUAGGGAAAUUAGGCCAGAAAAACUAGAUGGUAUGAUGGAUCGGAUGGGAUUCAAUGGAAAAGUUUUUAAUAACAGUGGACCAAGAGGGUGGGUUGAUGAACCUUUAGGUAUUAGUAGCAGAGAUGGGUGGAAAGAUGGAUUUGUAAGAAAUCUAUCAAGGUCGCGGUCCCUCCCUGCUUCAUCUUCUCUCCUUGGAAGCCCUAAAGCCAGUUCGUACCAUGAAAAUGUUUGUGAUGAUAGGUUCAAGAUACCGAAAGAAGUGAUGAAGCGAGAAAGAACCAAGUCAGUAAAGGGAACUCCUAAUCACAAGGAAUUCUUGGGGAGAAGUUCUAGAUCCACUGUUAAGAGAUCUGCACACUGCUCUAGUCGGCUGUAUAGUGACUCCUCAACCAAAAUUGAUUUUAGCCAGAGAAAGUGUAAAAGCAAAUAUGGAGAGGGUGUUCCAUCUGAACCAGAUCGUAGUACUUCUGAAACACAUUCCACCAUCUCAAUAGAUCCACUCUCUGUUAAUGAAAAUGGGACGGAUGCAGGACACAAGAAGAUAACUGUGCCUUCUGAACUUUCUGAUCUGGACUUAUCAACUUCUUCCUUAUUAGAAGGCAACUUGCCCACCGGUGACCUUGAAGUUUUAAGAUCUCAGAAAUCAUCAAGUGGAGAUUCCAAGGGUGAUUGUAGAUCAUCUACAGGAGAUUCAUUUCCUCACCCUGUUGGUGAACUACAACCUUCAGCAAGUGCUAAAGAGCCUGAUCAGCCUAGUCCAGUGUCAGUUUUGGAAGCUCCUUUUCCUGAUGACCUCUCAUCUGGUUCUGAAUGCUUUGAGAGUAUAAGUGCUGACCUCCAUGGUAAUUUACAAGUACUUUUAUUUGUUAGCAAUUUGCAGACAUCUUUUGGGCAUAUGUCCUUGAAUUUAGUUUUCUCUAGGAUUUUCAUUAUCCAUAUUUUUGCUUAGAUUAGAAGUAAUCCAUUACUUUUACCUUACACAUCAAUUGCAUUUGUGACAUGAAUUAUACAGUGGACAAAAUGUGUUUAAACAUACCAUGAUUUCUGUCUUAUGUUCAAACUUAGAAGAAAAUUGAGACCCUUCUCUUCACAGAGGGGCAUAUCAAUUUAUUGCAAACUUGUGCCCCAUCUACUUUGGUCCUUAGUUAAUGUCCGACACCAUAGGCAGCUCUUUACCCAACAUUACAUGGGCAGGUGAUGCAGAAUGGAGAUAAAAAACAUUUUCUAAAUAGAUUAGGAUUUUUCGAGUAUGUAUAAAUUAGGACAUUAUGAGCUUUAGGUUUGUUUUUCUUGGGCAUGAGACUCUGCAUUGAGCCUAGAUCUAAACUCUCCAUUGCUAGACAUGUCUACAGCUGAAAGCUCAGUGUCCUCUGGUGAUUGUAAACUAGUGUGAACUUCAUGUAAAUGGGGCUGUGAGUGAGACUCAUCAAAUUAGGACAUUAUGAGCUUUAGGUUUGUUUUUCUUGGGCAUGAGACUCUGCAUUGAGCCUAGAUCUAAACUCUCCAUUGCUAGACAUGUCUACAGCUGAAAGCUCAGUGUCCUCUGGUGAUUGUAAACUAGUGUGAACUUCAUGUAAAUGGGACUGUGAGUGAGACUCAUCAAAUUUGCUCUGUUUUGAUUAGUCCUAAGCACCACACUUUUUUCGUUCCUUUGGCAUGUAGUGUAACACUCAAAUGGUGGAACAAUACAGGUUAAAUUUCUUACUAUCUAGAAUACUGGUUUAAUGCAGUAUAUUCACUGCAAAAUAUUUUUUGAAGUUACAAAAUUCAAAAAUAAAAUAAUUAUUUAGAAAAUAAAAAAUUGAAACUGAAAACUUUAUCAUUUAAAAAAAUCGAAAAUAUGUAAUAAUUACAAAAAUAAUCCUAUCACUAAAGGCAUUCCAUUCUAACUUUUCAUUAUGCAUCAAUGUCCUUUAAUGACCUUUCAGUUGUCCAAUUCUCUGAUUCUGUCGGAUGAUUAUCAUUCCUAACAUCUGCGACUUUCGAGUUAUUUAUCUCAGAUUUUUUUCUUUAGUGGUAGCUGAUGAUGCCAAUUUUAUGCUAUUAUACUAUUCAAAGGUGGACCAAAGUCAAGUGUUACUUGAAUUUCAUGUUGUGUGAUUCGGGUCCUUACCAGUGACGUCUUAGUGAUAGUGUUAGGAUUAACUGCAAGUCUUCAAAUGUUACCAAUUCCUAGAAAUCACUGAGGUUGAUUC